CUUAGUGCGUUGUAUUUAUAGCGGACAGGCACCGUUCGUCCCGAAACGGUCCCCAAUUUUCUACCGCUAGUUUUCCCGUUUCCGUUUCGCCCUUUUAGUUCGCAUCGGGACCACGUUGGGGGAAAUGGGGUCGUGGGGCCGUUGGGGUAGAUAGCGGUGCGGAAGUUUGGCCGUUCGGUGUUCGGGGAAGUGUUUGAGUGUUUUCUAAAAAUACAUGUUUAUUAUUAGUAAGCGGCCGAAUUUUUUAAUUGCACCCUGAGGAAAUACAUCGGAGAAAUAUCAUGGCAUUGGUGAUGUUGCCGAGCGAUCUACCUUGGUGGGAAUCGGUGAAGAAGCAACUAAAGAAGAUAGCAAAUACGAAAAAUACUCAGGAGAUCAUCGAUUGUAUGCAGAAAAUAUACGAAAUGUGCAAUGUUAGCUUGGAUCCGGACGAUGAUCUGACUGACCCUCAGCAGUUUACUGGUUUACUCAACUUUUUAGACAAUGAUUUUACAAACGAAGAACGUAGCAACUUUUUAAAUAAAACUCUUCCAAAUAUCGUCAAACACGCUUUACUUUUGAAGGAGAAGAAACCGAACGGCGGACUACAUUUUAGUCUACAACAACAACCUGACUGCACAGAAUUAGAAUACUCUUUUGUGUCGUCAUUGUUGGCGAACGCAUUCUUUUCAACAUUUCCAAAACGAACCGACAAAAGUCAUCCGACCCUGCAGAACUUUAAUUUUUCGAAUUGGUUCAAGAAUUUAAGCUCCAAUUCUCAAAAAGCCAAACUCAAAAGCUUAUUUCAUUACUUCGAUUGGCUGGAAGAUAAUGGUAACAGCAUUGGAACAAUGAGGAUACAGAGACAGGUGAUGACAUCGAAAGAAUGGCUUACGAUAGAAGACUGGUUAGAAUGUAAUUUGCCGCUGUGUCCGUUACAAAUAAAGCACGAAGGAAAACUGGAUAGAGCGGAGAAUGGGUCAUUGCAAAUUUGCUUUGCCAGUGCCAAAGUCGGAGGUCAAGUUCUCAGUAACGGCUAUUCACAAGAGUGCGUUAAUUUCUCAACAAUUCCGGAACUAAUAAUGCUCCUAUUGAACGUAGAAGCUUUAGAAGAUAACGAAGUGAUAACUGUCGAUAAAGUCAGGCGGGUAUCUAGAAUUAAGGAUCCUAAAAACAAAGCCGUUGUGGAAAAAUUAGAAAAAGCAGGAGAACUCUCCGUCUGUUGUAUGGACGCGGACGACUACACGAACUUGCCGAUAGGCCAAUAUGAAGAAGACAACGUCCUAAGGGAAUUGAACAAGUGCCUUCUGGCCUUCCAACAGAAACAGUACAAAUCCAACAGUGAUAUGCCAGGUCAAACCCACAAAGAGAGACAAAGAAGACUAUCACCCAUCGGAGAAUCGAUGGGCUCUAACAUAUCCGACACGGGUAUUCCCCUCAUCACACAACAAUCGGCCAGUACGGCCAGAACUGAUUCCUGCAAAACCGAAUCAUUGGAUAGUGAGAACAACAACACGAACAAACUCAGAGUCAAGCUGGACAUGGAGAUAAAUCUGAAGAAGAAAGGGCAGAUUACCAACGAAGCUUUGGUACAUAACAGGAGGGGGAGAUUUAUCGUACUGGGCUCUUCCGGCGAGUGUUUGCCUGUUACUAGAAAACCUCUGAAGCAAGAAGACAGUUUAUAUUCAAGUUGUGACUCUAGUGAGGAAGAGUUUCACAGUGCCAAAACCAGCGUGGAUGAUGAAAGUGAAGAUGAAAACUAUCACAAACGCUACAGUAUAGAUUUGGAAACGCCGGAACGGCGAAUGACUUUUGCACAAAGACUGAAAGAUGCCCUUAGACGAGAAACCUCACCACCAAGUCUUUCCAGUUCCAGUGAGGAAUCCAGUUAUGCAGUAGGUAUAUCAAUUGCAGGAUCUGGAUUAGCGGAUAGGGAUAUUAAAGUCCGUAGAGGUGGAUCAACAGGAUUUGCUUUGCAGGAAGAUUCCGUCGAUGAAGAUUAUCUGCAAAACUCCCUACAACAAGAAAAACAAUGGAUAGAUAAAUUCAAAAGUAAACAGUCAGGUCUAAGCAGAAAAGAAUCCAAUAAAUCUUCCGAGUAUAGUUUUAGCACCGAAUACAGUUCAGAGUUAGAAGAAGUUUACGAACAGUUUUCGCACUGGUUGGAACAUCCUGUACUUGAAACUGACAAAGGAAUCAAAAAGGAAUUGGACGCAAGGGAUUUAGCAGUCGUUAAAUUUGCCGGCUCCAUAUUAAAACGGACGCUCAGCGAAUCGUUUGCUGGCAUACAAGUUCCUCUCGCCGAAAAUUCUUCCAACCAAGAUUACAAGACGAAGAAAAACAAGUUAGUGUUGAAUUCCAAGUCGUUGAGUUUGGAAUUGGCACGACAGAAACACAGAUUGGCAGCUCAAUUGAGUGAUUCGAUUGAAAUGGUAGUGAAGAAGAAUCCGCCACCCUUAACAAACGAAAUAGAUGCUUUAAAUAAAAGCGACCUAACAAAAAAGCGUAGAGCUUGGUUUAUUACAUGCGUUAACGAAGCAGUAGUACAAACUUUGGAAGAGAUUUCUUUUAAUGUGUCUUUACCACAAACCGAACAGUUGUCCGAAAUUUGUCAGAAACCAAAGAACGGACUGAAACCAGUCUCGACGGGAAAUUGGGGCUGCGGUUCGUCGAGGAAGGGCGACGUUCAGCUGAAAGUAAUAGUACAAUGGCUUGCGGCAAGCGUUGCUGGCGUACCAGCCUUAAUAUAUUACACAUACGGACACCAGAAUCUGGUCAAAUUGGAUACGGUUUGCAGGAUAUUGGUGGACAGAAAGUGGACGGUUAAAGAUUUGGCGGAGGCUACUUUGAGGUACUCCAGCCAGGUGCUGCAUGGAAGGGAAAAUAGCAGAACGUUGUUCGAGGAAUUGAUUGGUGUAGAUAGAACUGUAUAGGAUAUGAAUGUUGCUGAUGUUUUUACUGGCGUUAUUAUUUUUUUGUCAGAAUUUGUUACACUAUUGUUAAUCGCCUAAAUAAAUACUUUUAGGAUAUUUUUAAUAACUAAUUAACAAUUUAAAAAUAUGUUUUAGUAGUAGUAAAUUCUGGCAAAUUCUGUUCUUUAUUUUCAAAGGAUUGCAGUUAUUUACUAUUGUGGAGCAAUUUACGGUUUUGAUGUGAAACUGUGCUCUAAAAUACUUUUCUGUAUACUAAAAUGAGCGUAUCAUUAUGAAAGUGCCAUAACUUUGCCCAAACCUCAUAUUUCUAUACCAAAGCAAUUUUUAUAUUUGUUUUUACACCAAAUUCUAUGUAUAUAAGAUUGUACAGAACCAUUACGUAUUCUUAGAAACGAAGCUUCAAGAAACAUAGUGCCUCUACUCAUAAGAUUCAAAUUAAACUUUAUAUUUGUAUAUAAUUAUAUAAUGUACUCAAAGUCUUUCCAUUCAAGAAAGAAUUGCAAAAUGGUUGUUACAAUGUGUUCAAAUAUUGAAUAAGUGUAAUGGGAAGUAUUAUUAUUAAGCAAUUUAAGGUGGAUAACUUUAAAUAAUAAUACUGCUCAAUCUACAUACACACCCAGGAAAUAAGGAGUCUUCCGAAACUUUUUUCUGCCGGCCGUUUUGUAAGCAUAUAAAAAAGACAUCUUGUAUCAAAAGGAGUGUUUAUUAUAAGUUUUAAUAAAUACAACAAAAAUAUAUUUUA